AUGGAGCUCCAGCAAUGCUUGGCUUUCAUUCUGGCUUUAGAGGCCAAGUUAGACUUGCUCCAGGAAACGAAACAUAUGCAUUGUAUGCUACAUCGAUAUGCACUUGCUGCAAAAACAUUACCUUCAGAUUUAAGAUAUGUUCUCGAUGAUGUCGUACAUAUCAUAAAUUAUAUUAAAAAGAGUGCUUUAAAUUCGCGCAUUUUCAGACUUAUUUGCGAAGAAUUUGAAAAGGAUGGAAAGGCUUUGUUAUUCCACACUGAAGUGAGAUGGCUAUCUAGGGGAAACAUUCUUGCCAGAGUUUUUUCUUUGAGGAAUGAAUUAUCUGAAUAUUUUAUUCGCGAAAACAAUUCCAAAUCAUCGGAAUUUAUUCCAAAAUUAAUGGAUAGUUCAUGGCUAUCUAAACUUGCUUACUUGAGAGAUGUCUUCUCUCAAUUGAACGAAGUUGAUUUGAAAUUCAUUCGUACACCAUUCAGUGUUGAUCCACGUUUGGUCGAUGAAAAUGUCGAAGAGGCUUUUAUUGACAUGAUCAAUAAUUCAAACGCAAAAGAUUUGUAUGAAAAACUUGCUUUAUCAAGAUUUUGGUGCGAAAUGUGUGUUCUUAGCUCAUCGGUAAGUUCACAGGAAUCCACUAUAAUCAUGUCAAACACAAAAUUACCUCUUGUAAAAUUAUCGUCCUCCACAUUGAUCGACAUUUCUAGUACACACUCUUCAGAACGUAACUCAUUUGAUUCACUCUCGGACUGA